UUCCCUCCCUCUUCUUCCCCCACCCCCCCCCCAAAACCCUCAUUAUCCCUUUCUAUAUCUCUCUGCUUCACUUGCGAAUUCCACAGCUUCGCUUGAUCAUGUCAAAUACAGAGGGAGCUAGUAACGGUAUAUCAAAUGGAGCUGUAAUUGACUCGCAGCUGACGCAGGGGAACGGUUCUCUUGUAGUGAAAAAGCCGCCGUCGAAAGACCGUCACAGCAAGGUAGAUGGUCGUGGACGGAGAAUCCGGAUGCCGAUCAUUUGUGCCGCUCGUGUGUUCCAGCUGACACGGGAGCUAGGUCACAAGUCCGAUGGUCAGACCAUCGAGUGGCUGCUCCGCCAGGCUGAGCCGUCAAUUAUCGCCGCCACUGGUACUGGUAGCACUCCGGCUAGUUUCUCUACGGUUUCCGUAUCUGUUCGUGGGGGAAACUCUACGUCCUUGACUAACUCUACUUCGUGGAAUCUUUCGUCUCUCGAUCACAAGCCCUUGCUUGGUCCACCGUUUAUACUCGGCAAGCGAGUUAGGGCCGACGAUGAUGACGGGAAGGAUGAUGGGGGUGGUAUGUCGGUGUGGCCCACUGUGGGUUCGCUAGCGGGACAGACAUCCGCUAUGCCGACAGGAGGUUUUUGGGCGUUGCCGGGGCGGCCAGACUUUUUGGGCUUUGCCGCCGGACCUCCGGAGAUGUUGGUGCAGUCGGCCUCAGCGGUGUCUCAACAGCAGACCCUAUUUAUGCAGCAACAGCAGGAGGCGGCUGCGGCUGCCAUGGGUGAAGCAUCGGCAGCGAGGGUAGGAAAUUACCUUCCUGGACAUCUCAAUUUAUUGGCUUCGUUGUCAGGUGGACCGGGUAGUUCUGGUCGGAGAGAGGAUGAUCCGCGUUGAUAAUUGGUAUGGAAGACUGGUGGUUGUUGGUAUAUAUAUGAAUAUGGUUAAUGUGUAUGCUUCUUAUUGUUUUUUGUGUGUGAUGAUGGGAAGAAAGUUUAGUGGAUUUUAGGGUUAGAAGUUUAGGAUUUGGUGGAAUUUGGGAACUUUAAGUAUGAAUUAUUGCAUUCAAUUAGGGUUUGUUAGUGAUCAAUGGAAGAUUAACUAGCAUUUUGAAGUUUAAUUUGCUUAGGUUUUGAGGAGGUUUUAUUGGAGGAGAGUUGGAGCAAAGAACUAGGUUUUGCGAUUGAAAAUCAUGGUACAAUGCAAAGGGUUUUGUGGAAUUUGGGGUUUUGUUUGAAUUCCGUAAUUGCCUUGUUUGUACUGUGUGGAAAUAGCAAAUGGUGCUAAUUCCACAGCUCGUAGACUGAAAUUUUACUGCGAGUUUGCAAGAAUUAGGUAAUUGUUGUUGCUUCAAGGAAGCAAUGAGUGAAUUCUGGAGCUUUUGAAGAGAAAAUGGUUCCCUUUUUCUGUUGCAGAAUUUGUUCUAAUUCAGUGUGUAAUCCCAGUCAUUUGCGCGGAAUAUUUCCCGUUUGAAUUUGUUCAAAUUCUCUAUGGCGGGUCGGGCAGAGAUUGUUUUCUUGGAUGCAAAGUUGGAUUACUAUGGAAGGUUAUUUGGUCACAAAUUGUCUUGGCUCCAUUUCUUCCAAUUUCACCGCAUUUCUUUUGGACUUGUCAUCAUCAAGUGCGUGAGAGAUGAAAGGCUCUGGUGCCUCUCUGUAAUACCUCUGUUUUGGAAAAAAAAAUAAUUUUCCGUAUUCUUUAGCCAUUUCUUCUCAGAUUCUUCUGUGUGAAAAUAAUGUGUUGCAUGUAUGUCGGUGGAUUGUUUUUGGGUGCCUGUGGUGUGAAUAAAAACCCAUUUAUUUCUCUGCAA